ACGAAGAAGGCUUCCUGCGUCUCGAAUAUUAUAUACAGUACAAUAUAUAUAUAUAUAUACAUACAUAUACAUAUAUAUAUAUAGAUACACAUAGUCAUCGCCGGAUCAAGAUUUUGUAGAUCUCCAAGCUACAGAUAACAUAAAUGCACGUAAUUUGAUUCAGACUUUGGUUGCAACUUGACUAAUCGAACGAGAUAAUUUAUCUCACCAAAUGAAAUAAGUUUCGAUUUAUUUGUGGUGGCCCUCCAGUUGACGGAGGCCCCCCUCUGAAGCCUAUGCCUUGACCGGACCCUGUAUACAAUAUACACACACCGAUGAGAGUGUGGCCCCAAGCAGGAUGUCGUCGGUGUUUUCCAAGUUAAUCGACAAGACGUCCGCCAAAUACGGCAUCAGGCAGGAACUGCUCACGCGUGGCGUGAUUGGUACGGUGACGACGCUGUAUCUUCUGAAGAUCGGUUACCCGUUGGUGGCAUCGGGCAUCGCGCGGUACCAGCAGAAAAUUAGAGAACAAAAUGAGGGCUCGUCGAAGGUUGCCAAACGGUCCAAGAACGACGUUAACGGGAAAACCGUCGUCAAGACGGGGAAGACCGUCGGCUUGGACCGGAACUUCGUCAAACAACUGAUCGCACUGUUGAAGAUCAUGAUCCCUGGAUGGAGAACGCGCGAAGCCGGAUUACUAACUUGUGCCACUCUCACGCUUCUGACGAGGACUUUUCUUUCGGUUUACGUGGCCACAUUGGAGGGCCAAAUCGUGAAAAGGAUCGUGCUGAAAGAUGUACGUGGCUUCCUGAAGAUGAUGGCGAGAUGGUUCGCCAUCGCUUUUCCCGCAACUUUUGUCAACUCGGCAAUCAGAUACCUGGAAGGGAGACUGGCUCUUAGCUUUAGGGGACGCCUGGUGGAGCAUGCCUAUAAAAUGUAUCUGAGUCAACAAACUUACUAUAGAGUAGCAGCGUUAGACAAUAGACUCGGAGGUGCUGAGCAAAGACUGACAGAUGAUUUGUCUGAACUAGCUAGUUCUGUGGCGCAUCUCUAUUCAAGUUUAACUAAGCCAUUGUUAGACUGUGCAUUAGUGGGCAUUGCACUUAUUUCAUUUUCAUCUAAAAUGGGAGCAAGGAGGAUACAAGGACCAUUAUUAGCAUCCACGGUAAUUGCUAUCACUGGACAAAUUCUGCGUCUUGCUUCACCCAAGUUUGGUCAACUGGUAGCAGAAGAAGCAUCUCGACGUGGAAGGUUGAGAGAAGCUCAUGCUCGUAUCAGUGCUCAUGCAGAAGAAAUUGCAUUUUAUGGUGGACACUGUACAGAGCAUCGGUAUUUGAGUACCGCAUACAAGUCACUAGUGUCACAUUUGAGAAGAGUGUUGGCAGUGAAAUUGUGGUACGUGAUGCUGGAGCAAUUGCUUAUGAAGUAUGUGUGGUCUGGCACUGGACUUCUGGUUAUUGCCAUGCCUUUACUUUACACUACUGUCACUUCUGGGACUGGAACCUUUGCUGAUGAUGGCGACGGUGGAGUUAGCGAAAGGACUAGAUACCUAACAACUUCCAAGAACCUUCUAAGUUCUGGAGCAGAUGCCGUAGAAAGACUUAUGUCAUCUUACAAAGAACUAGUAGCAUUAGCAGGGUAUGCAGGACGAGUCAGCGAGAUGUUAGACGUAUUUAAAGAUGCUGCGCUAUGUAAAUAUAGGAGAAACAUCGUUAAUAAUCCAUUGCGAAUAGCAAACGGUACUGGAAAUAAUGCUUUAGAGAAAAUAAUCGACAUGAAGGACGGCGCACCAGUGAUAAAAGGUAUUGUGGAAGAAAGUACAGAUGGCAGUAUAAGUUUAAUCAAUGUGCCAAUAGUUACGCCAAACUGUGAAGUCAUUGUGGCUAGGUUAACUAUUCAUAUAAAACCUGGUGACCAUAUAUUAAUCACUGGUCCAAACGGUUGUGGAAAAAGUUCACUGUUUCGGAUCAUCUCUGGUUUGUGGCCAGUAUACGGUGGUACUUUGAUAAGACCAGCCGAAAAUUACCGUGGAAGACCAGCACUGUUUUAUAUUCCACAGAAACCGUACAUGACGGUCGGUUGUUUGCGAGACCAAAUUCUGUACCCUUCGGAAUCGCAUACGGAAAAGUGCUCGGACGAGGAACUCCUAAAACUACUGGAAGAAGUCGAUCUACGAGGAUUGGCGGAAAGAGAACCCGAAGGACUCGAUGCUUUCGGUGAUUGGGAUUCUACUCUUUCGGGUGGCGAGAAACAGAGGCUAGCAAUGACACGAUUGCUCUAUCAUGCACCGCAAUAUGCGUUGUUAGAUGAAUGCACCAGCGCUGUGAGCCUCGAAGCCGAAGGGGUCAUAUACGAAACUGCUAAAAGAAAAGGCAUAACAUUGUUGACUAUCACUCAUCGAGUGGCUUCUCUUGCGAAAUACCACAAACUAUUGUUGCGGUUCGAUGGUGCAGGCGGUUGGGCUUUCGGCCCAUUAGACGCAGAAAGUGCAACGCUGGUAAUAAAUCACGCUCUUGAACAAUCCGAACAACACGAAGGGAAAGGAGGCCACUGUCAGAUGUUGCAUGAAUUUCGCGACAUUCACCCAGAAGACUCGAAAAUUGGAAUCAGUUGAAAAGGGUUCAACGAGAUACUUCAAACCGUUUUUAGUGAAUUCAUGUAGAAAUCUGCGAAAUUGUAAAUAUAUCUUCGAGAAUAUAUUUUGUACAGAGGUUUACAGCAAUUUCCGAUUAGAUACUUUAUUUUUGUAUUGAGGAAAAGUUGCUAUUUAAUUACAUGAAAUAUAAGUAAAAGUUGUUUGGAUACCAGUGC